AUGGCCAAGACUCUUAGUGCUCGUGAAGCUUUUGAACUUCACAAGGCUGCUGUUACCAGAGACUUUAUCGCAAAGCCUCGUUUAGAUUACCGUACUGUCACAGGUGUGAAUGGUCCUUUGGUCAUUCUCGAUAACGUUAAAUUUCCCAAAUUCUCUGAAAUUGUCAACCUAACCCUUUCUGAUGGAACGGUCCGUCAAGGUCAAGUAUUGGAAGUUCAAGGCAAAAAGGCAGUUGUUCAGGUGUUUGAGGGAACUUCUGGUAUUGAUGCCAAACAAACUCACGUUACCUUUACUGGCGAAACACAACGUAUUCCUGUCUCGGAAGACAUGUUGGGUCGUAUCUUUAACGGAUCCGGUAAACCCAUUGAUAAGGGCCCCAAGAUUUUUGCCGAAGACUACUUGGAUGUCAACGGCUCUCCCAUCAACCCCUUUUCUCGUAUUUAUCCUGAAGAAAUGAUUCAGACUGGUAUCUCUGCUAUUGAUACCAUGAAUUCUAUUGCUCGUGGUCAAAAGAUUCCUAUCUUCUCUGCUGCUGGUCUUCCUCACAACGAAAUUGCCGCUCAAAUCUGUCGACAGGCUGGUUUGGUUCAAAAAUUGGCACCCACCAAGGGCGUUCAUGAUGGUCACGAGGAAAAUUUCUCGAUCGUCUUUGGUGCUAUGGGUGUUAACAUGGAAACAGCUCGUUUCUUCAAGCAAGAUUUCGAAGAAAACGGUUCCAUGGAGCGUGUUACUCUUUUCCUUAACUUGGCUAAUGAUCCUACUAUUGAACGUAUCAUUACACCUCGUCUUGCUUUAACCACCGCUGAAUAUUAUGCUUAUCAACUUGAAAAGCACGUCUUGGUUAUCCUUACAGAUAUGAGUUCAUAUGCCGAUGCUUUGCGUGAAGUUUCUGCUGCUCGUGAAGAAGUGCCCGGUCGUCGUGGUUAUCCUGGUUACAUGUAUACUGACUUGUCCACCAUUUAUGAACGUGCCGGUCGUGUCGAAGGCCGUAACGGCUCCAUCACCCAAAUCCCUAUCUUGACUAUGCCUAACGAUGAUAUCACUCACCCUAUUCCCGAUUUAACUGGUUACAUUACCGAAGGACAGAUCUUUGUUGAUCGUCAACUUGACAACCGUCAAAUUUAUCCUCCUAUUAACGUCUUGCCUUCUUUAUCACGUCUCAUGAAGUCUGCUAUCGGUGAAGGCAUGACCAGAAAAGAUCACGGUGAUGUCUCUAACCAGUUGUACGCCAAAUAUGCUAUUGGUCGUGAUGCAGCUGCCAUGAAGGCUGUUGUUGGUGAAGAAGCAUUAAACCAGGAAGACAAAUUAUCUCUUGAAUUCUUGGAGAAGUUUGAAAAAACAUUUAUUGCUCAAGGAGCUUAUGAAUCAAGAACUAUCUACGAAUCUCUUGACCUCGCUUGGUCUCUCCUUCGUAUCUUCCCCAAGGAACUGUUGAACCGUAUUCCUCAAAAUAUCUUGGCUGAAUUCUAUCAACGUGAACGUAACAAGAGAUCAAAGGGUGUAUUUGAUACAAACGAUGAAGAACCUAGUGCCGAGUAA